GCUUGCUCUAAUUCCGUUAAACAUAAGUUUAUAUAUGAUCUCAGAAUAACUGUAAUUUUCCCUCUGUGCAUGUCGUUGAAUGCUAUCAAAAUGCUUUGACAUUUACUUAUCUGUUUUAUUAAUGUAUAUCAACUAUAUAGUAACAUAUGUACUUGCUCUAGGUCAGGCGCUUAGAUUCCGCAGAUUACCUAGAUGGCUGUUUCCCAGUGUAUCGUUUCGCUGAUUAAGAAUUGUAGGCCCAAUGUGUGCAGUCGAUUUUUUAGCACAUCACGUGCAGCUUUCGCUACUAAGAUGACUGUUAGGGACGCUCUCAAUUCUGCUAUGCGUGAAGAACUGGAACGCGACAAAGAUGUUAUUAUUUUAGGAGAAGAAGUUGCUCAGUACGAUGGGGCCUACAAAGUCACUAAAGGUCUGUGGAAAACAUUUGGCGAUAGUCGUGUUAUGGAUACACCCAUAACAGAAAUGGGUUUCGCUGGAAUUGCUGUUGGGGCAGCCAUGGCUGGUCUUAAACCGAUAUGCGAAUUUAUGACGUUUAAUUUUGCAAUGCAGGCGAUAGAUCAGAUAAUCAACUCUGCUGCCAAGUCAGCAUACAUGUCUGCGGGUUUGGUUUCUGUCCCAGUCGUCUUCAGAGGACCAAAUGGUUGUUCCGCUGGAGUCGCUGCUCAGCACAGCCAAGAUUUUGGCGCUUGGUAUGCUAGUUGCCCAGGCCUGAAGGUUUUGGCGCCUUAUAGCUGCGAAGAUGCUCGAGGCCUUUUAAAGACUGCUGUACGCGAUCCAGAUCCUGUCGUUUAUUUGGAGAGCGAGUUGUUAUAUGGACACUCAUUUGAUGUGUCAGAUGAAGCGCUGUCUCCAGAUUAUUUAAUUCCUAUUGGUCAGGCUAAAAUCGAACGAGAAGGCAAAGACGUUACUCUUGUUAGUUACAGUCUAGGCGUGGGUACAUGCUUGGCUGCCGCAGAAGAACUGGCAAAACUUGGUAUUAGUGCUGAGGUAAUUAAUAUGCGUUCUUUACGUCCCAUGGAUGAGGAAGCAAUAUUUAACUCUGUUAAGAAAACUCAUUAUCUGGUCACUGUAGAAAAUGGCUGGCCUACAUGUGGUAUUGGAGCUGAAAUAUGCGCUCGAGUUAUGGAAACGGAUACUUUCAAUUAUCUGGAUGCUCCCGUCUUACGCGUUACAGGGGCUGAUGUUCCAAUGCCCUAUGCUCAAAAUCUAGAGCGUGCUUCCUAUCCUGAUACACAUAAUAUUAUAACUACUGUAAAAUUAAUGAAGAAUGUACAGUGAACUCUCAAUUCAAAUCAACUACCUACCUAGCUAUCUACCUUUCUGUUUUUAUCGACAUACGCAUACACAUUUAAUGUACCAACUCAAGUUUCGUUGCACUACUGAUACAUUUCAGUAUAAAUAUGUAAUUUAUGUAUUCUAGCGUAUCCUAGGUAAAUACCUACUGAGAAGUUUAGUAAAAUAUAAUUUUUUUCUUUUGGUUAUUGUUAAUAAUACAGUAUAGCAGUCGAUUAAUAAAAAAUUUUAUUUUUAA